UGCCUCCUUUGACCCACUGCAACCACUCGAGCCACGGCUCUGUACUUCUGCCGACGCGAAGCCCCAAACCAAAAACCAAAAGAAAAAAAAAAUCUCACUCAGGAGUAAAGGUAAAACUUAAGCCGUUGAAAUUAGAUUUAUAACCUUGUUGAGGGUACCAUUUUCUCUUGACACGUUUCUACCUUCCACGAGCCUAUAUAAACUCGUCACCUAAACCCCAGCUUCUUCAUUGUCUCAGUGAAAAACCAUCCCUAAACCAGAAAAAAAAAAUGGAAAAUUGAGUGAAAAGAAGAAAAAGAGAGUGAGAGAAAGAAAAAAAAAAGCGAAUUUUCCUCCUCUCUUUCUAGUUACUCUUUACAAUUAUGGCUGCUUAUGUCGAUAAUAGAGAAUUAAGUAGCCUUGAACAAGCUUUGAACGGUGCUUUUACCCCCUUGAAGGCAGGUCCAACUCCAACCCACCGCUCUGUGAAACACGUUUUCGUCAACCAUGAUUAUGACUCUUCCAGCGAAGAUGAAGAAAAUAAUAUCAACCAUUACAAAGAUAUGAUUAUCAAAUCCAAACACGAGCUUGAGCACUCCAUCUUGGACCCUAGAGAUGAAGCAACUGCUGAUAACUGGAUCGAGCGUAACACUUCCAUGGUCCGUCUCACAGGGAAACAUCCUUUCAACUCUGAAGCCCCCUUGAACCGCCUCAUGCACCACGGUUUUAUCACCCCAGUUCCUCUCCACUACGUUCGUAACCAUGGUCCGGUUCCUAAAGCUUCGUGGGAUGACUGGACCGUUGAAGUAACCGGUUUAGUUAAAAGGCCGAUGAAGUUGACCAUGGAACAGCUCGUGAACGAGUUUCAAAGCCGUGAGUUCCCCGUUACCCUGGUUUGCGCUGGGAACAGACGUAAAGAACAGAACAUGAUCAAACAAACGAUUGGUUUCAACUGGGGAGCUGCUGGGGUUUCCACUUCAGUGUGGAGAGGUGUACCGUUGCGUGACGUGCUCAAACGAUGUGGGAUAUUUAGCAAGAAACAUGGGGCUCUCAAUGUGUGUUUUGAAGGUGCUGAGGAUUUGCCAGGAGGCGGUGGGUCCAAAUAUGGAACUAGUAUAAAAAAGGAGUUUGCUAUGGACCCGUCUCGAGAUAUUAUCUUAGCUUACAUUCAAAACGGCGAGCGUUUAGCUCCUGAUCAUGGUUUCCCUGUUCGGAUGAUCAUUCCAGGGUUUAUCGGUGGGCGAAUGGUGAAAUGGCUGAAGAGAAUCAUGGUUACUACUCAAGAAUCUGAGAGUUAUUAUCACUAUAAAGAUAAUAGAGUACUUCCUUCUCAUGUUGAUGCAGAGCUGGCCAACGCUGAAGCUUGGUGGUAUAAGCCCGAAUACAUCAUCAAUGAGUUAAACAUCAACUCGGUGAUAACGACGCCUUGUCAUGAAGAGAUCUUGCCAAUUAACCCGUGGACGAUUCAGAGGCCGUACACUUUGAGGGGCUAUGCAUAUUCGGGGGGUGGGAAGAAGGUGACACGUGUGGAGGUUACAAUGGACGGUGGUGAAACGUGGCAAGUGUGCACGCUAGACCACCCCGAGAAGCCAAACAAAUAUGGCAAAUUCUGGUGCUGGUGCUUCUGGUCGUUGGAGGUGGAAGUGCUUGACCUGCUCGGAGCCAAAGAGAUAGCGGUUCGAGCCUGGGAUGCGACCCUUAACACCCAGCCCGAGAAGCUAAUUUGGAAUGUUAUGGGAAUGAUGAACAACUGCUGGUUCCGUGUAAAAACAAACGUAUGCAAGCCGCACAAAGGAGAAAUCGGGAUUGUUUUCGAGCACCCAACUUUGCCAGGCAACCAAUCCGGCGGAUGGAUGGCUAAGGAACGACACCUUGAAAAAUCAACCGAUGCAAACCCAACCUUAAAGAAGAGUGUCUCAUCUCCUUUCAUGAACACUGCCUCCAAAACCAUUUCAAUGUCUGAGGUCAAGAAACACAACUCAGCUGAUUCUGCUUGGAUCGUCGUCCAUGGUCACAUCUACGAUUGCACUCGGUUCCUCAAGGAUCACCCUGGUGGCAUGGAUAGUAUUCUGAUCAACGCUGGUACCGACUGCACUGAAGAAUUUGACGCAAUUCACUCUGAUAAAGCCAAGAAAAUGCUAGAAGAUUUUCGAAUCGGUGAGUUGAUCACGACGGGUUAUGCUUCUGACUCGUCUACUUCAUCGCCUAAUAACUCCGUGCAUGGGGCAUCGAACAUGAGCCUUUUAGCUCCUAUUAAAGAAGUUGCGCCCACAAGACCUGUGGCGCUAGUUCCACGUGAGAAAAUCCCAUGCAAACUCGUCGAAAAAACAUCGAUUUCUCAUGACGUUCGUCUGUUUAGAUUCGCAUUGCCAUCGGAAAAUCAAGUGCUAGGAUUACCCGUAGGGAAGCACAUAUUUUUGUGUGCCACGAUUGAUGAGAAGCUGUGCAUGAGAGCCUACACCCCAACUAGCACCAUUGAUGAAGUGGGCCAUUUUGAUCUAGUGAUCAAGGUUUAUUUCAAAGGGAUGCAUCCGAAAUUCCCUAAUGGAGGGCUGAUGUCUCAAUAUUUGGACUCUCUGCCACUAGGGUCAUUACUAGACGUGAAGGGUCCUUUGGGUCACAUUGAAUAUACAGGUCGUGGCAACUUUUUGGGUCAUGGAAAACCGAAGUUUGCCAAGAAGCUGGCAAUGUUAGCAGGUGGAACAGGGAUCACCCCGAUUUAUCAAGUCAUCCAAGCUAUAUUAAAGGACCCUGAGGACCAGACAGAGAUGUAUGUGGUGUACGCGAACCGAACCGAAGACGAUAUUUUGCUGAAGAAAGAGCUUGAUGGUUGGGCUAAGGAGCAUGAUCGGUUAAAGGUGUGGUACGUGGUGCAAGAAUCAAUCAGGGAAGGAUGGGAAUAUAGCUUGGGUUUCAUCACGGAAAUUAUAUUGAGGGAGCACAUCCCGGAGGGCACAAUCGACACUCUUGCGCUGGCUUGUGGGCCGCCGCCAAUGAUUCAGUUUGCUGUGCAGCCUAAUUUAGAGAAGAUGAACUAUGACGUCAAGGAUUCUUUGUUGGUUUUUUAAAAAGAAAAAAAGGAAAAGUCUUACAGGAUGGAUGAGAUGAAAUGACGAAGUCUUUGUGUACAUGAAUAUUAUGUUCCUUGCAUUAUUCCUUUUUGAAAAUUGUUUUUAUUCACUUUUCCUUGUAUCGUUAAUUUUUCACUUUAAAAAUUGAAGAAAGUUGCUUGGAAAAAGACUAUAUCGAAGUGCAUACUAUUUGACGA